AUGGAUCUAGUUUGGGCGUCUUUGAGUCGUAAUACGAGAAAAUCUAGUGUAGUUAUAGACAAUACGUACCAGCCCAAAACUUUAAAAACAAUGUGCAGAGAGGUUAUUAAUUCUAAUAUAAACACAAGUGAAGUGAUUGAAGCUCAUCUUAGUGAGACAGUGGUUGGCGAGGUCUUUCAAAACCGAGUUCAAGACUUCGCCAUGAGCUUUAAUUUGGACAAUUCGGUGUUGUAUAGAAAUAUAUUUGGCCCCAUAACCGACUGUUGGGGUGAAGAAGCAUUGAGUCGGUUUUGGGGGUUUAGGACGGAUGGGGGUAUGAUAGAAUCCAUUUUAAGAGCAAUAUUACCGGCCGCAGAGCAAUUCUGCAUUAUAGAUAAGUUUUACCAUACGACGUAUGGUAGAUGUGGAGCGCAGAUAGGCAGAAAAAAAACAUUUGUCGCUUUACCUGAAACUACAGCUAAUAUCUGCAAUCAGCUAAUUCUAAAAGCAUCUGAAAAGUUGGAGAUAGAUGGGAUUUUACUUGUAGUAGAGAAAGAUGGAACCCCGAUUUCCGAAGAUGAAGUUCUACUUCUUCUACCUGGAGAAACGUUUUUGUUGUUAACAAAUAAAGAUAAAUGGAUCUCUCCAUUGGAAUAUUCAGCUCUGAGUAGCACAUUAUCAAAUCCAGAAACAUGGAUUUCUCCAUCAGAUCAUUCAGUUCCAUGUAGCUCUUCAAGUGGAUCUUUUGAUGUGCCAGUUGCAAAAAUGAUAGUAUCAGCUAUAGCUGAUAAUGAAGCUCAAGUUAUAUCUACACCAAUAUCGGCACAGUUGCAUAGUAUAAUAAACGUUGAUUGUAAUUAUGAGACUCUUUGGAUUGAUUACGAAAUCCCAUGGAAUAAGGUACCGUCCUUUAUAAUGGAGGCUUGCGAAAAAGGUGAAGUUGGUGAUGCUAUGGUGACGGAAAUUAUACAUAUCAUUAUUAACUCUAUGAAAGAGAUAAAGGCAAAUAUUCCUGCAAAAGCAUUGCACAUUGUAGCGAAUAAAUUAGUUGACAAGUAUCCGGAUGUCUUUAAGGACAAGGAUCAUGACAAUGUGACAAUAGGAGAUGGAAGGUAUUCUAUUUUUAAGAAACUACAAGACAGAAAUUUUUACCUGCCACGCCCAAAUAAACGCAAAAAUGAUAAUAUUCACCAAACAAUAUUAAAAAAUUCCAAAAAGCAACUAAACGCUAAAGCAGGUUGCCCCAAUUGGCAGCCUCCAAUAAAGCAUGAUGACUGUUGGACUCAGGACAUGAAGCAAGAUUUAAAUAGCUAUAUAAAUAAAGAACUUAAUCAAGAAUUUUACAAGUUGCUUGAAAAAGCAUUUCAACACCAAAGGUUGUACAUAAAUGCUCAGAAGCCCCCAUCUUUGGAGGAUAUUCUAGCCGAAUGGCCAAUUCUUUUUUUGAAGGAGACCAUAAAAUGGCAUUUCAACUUUUUAACCAAAAGUAAUUUUGACAAACUACGACUAGAUUUAGAAUCCAAAUCAGCGACAAUUUUGGAUUUUAUGUGUAAAAAAAAGAAAGUUGAUCAGUCAAAGAACAAUUACUCGCUUCAUUUAAAUGCAUUAAUUACUUUUGCUAUAUACUUUAAAGAAGAUUUUUCAGUGUUUAUUUUUGAUUUUGAGGGCUCAGACACGCGUACACUAAAGAAAAAAUCAAGAUAA